AUGGGAUUGUUUCCGGAAGUCUACAAUUUUCCGGUUUCUAUUUUGCUAAAGUUGUGGAUGGCUGAAAAUUUUGUACAGAAUUCGGCCACAGAUAACUUGGAGGAAGCAUAUACAAAUUUCUUGGAUGAUCUUGUGAGCAAAAGCCUUGUAAUGAUUUCUAAAUGGAGAGAUAAUGGUGAGAUAAAAUACUGCACUCUUCAUGAUGUAGUGCGUGAGUUUUGCUUGAGAAAAGUUGCAAAAGAAAAGUUUAUGCAGCUCAUAGUCCUGCUUAUUCGGGUGUUGGAUUUGUUGAAUGUCCUUUUGGAGGGACGUUUUUGGGCUAGGGCAAUGCAAGCAGUAACUCACUUGAGGUAUCUUGCAAUUUAUACCUAUGAAUUCAGUUUCCAGUGGGUAUCACACCUACUCGAUCUACAAACUUUGCGGGUGGGAUGGGCUAUUGAAUUAAGCAGCAGGAUAUCCCCUAAGCUAAGGCAUGUGGAUAUCAAGGAAUUUCAAUUCGUAUGGGAAGACAAUGAUCGAAGUUCUAGUGGAGAUUUCCAAAUAUUGAACAACUCAAACUCUUCAUUGUUGAACCGUCUACCCACACCAGAAUUUGAUAUGCCGAAUCUUGAAGAACUCCCACUUCAAUCUCUCGAAGUGGGCUUCUCACACUUUCCAAUCAUGCCUCACUAUGGAAUCGGAAGGGGCGAUUACUGUCUUGUUUUCCCCUCAAAUCUAAAGGAUUUGUCGCUUCAUAGAAUUGUCCUAAUAGAAAAUGUUGCUUCAAAUAUUGCAAGACUGCGAAAUCUUGAGAGACUCAAACUACGUCUAAUAGGCUUCAAGGAUGAAGAUAUCAAAUGUUGGGAUGUAGGUGAUUACAAGUUCCCAACACUCAAAUAUUUUAAUUUAAGGCGUGUUAAUAUGGACGAAUGGUGUUCCUCAGAGGCAUCCUUCCCCGUGCUUGAGAAACUGGUUAUACGUCGUUGUGAGUAUCUUCAAGAGAUCCCGUCUAGCUUCGCGGAUAUCCAAACACUGAAGUUGAUCAGAUUGUGGGGAUGCAAGAAGUCAGUUGAGGAUUCAGCUCUCAACAUUAAAAAAGAAGUAGAAGAUAUCACAGGAUGUGACUCUCUCCAAGUUCAACUUGAUUUUAAAGAUAUGCCCCGUGGUGAUGAUUGGUAUUUAUUUAAAACUGAUAUUUAUUAA